AAAAAGAAGAAUUCCAAUAUAUACUUACUGUCACUUCCAUUCUCCACUUUAGGUUCUACAAGUAUGCCAAUGGACGGACGGCUAUACAGAGCAGCUCAGAGGGGUGAUAUGGAGGUCUUAAAAGAAUUCGCGGACCAGCUCACCACCAAGUUAACUUCAUAUAAGAAUACGGUACUUCAUACUACAGCAGAUCAGAAGUACAUCAAUUUUUCUAAUUCCAACAACGUUGAAAACUUUACUGCUAUAGUUAGUCGUGAUCUACUUUUCUGCUUGAACUCUAAGGGGGAUACUUGUAUUCAUGUGGCAGCCAGGAAAGGCCAUUUAAAUCUCAUCGAAGCCCUUAUUGGCUACCUGAAACAAAAUUGUCCAGCUGGGCUCGAAGGUGGUAUUGAACCAAUCCAUGAGCUCCUGAGGAUUCCCAACAACAAAGGAAACAUGGCCUUGCAUGAAGCUGUGAUGUAUGGGAGUCACCGGCUGGUGGAAACAUUGGUUAAAGAAGAUGAUAACUUCACACAUCCGCUCAACAAUGCUUCAAAAAGUCCACUAUUUCUGGCUAUGGAGAAGAAAGACAAAGUUUCUGCUGAAUUGAUCUUGAGCAACUCCAGUUCACCAUCUUAUGUAGGCCCUUAUGGCACUACGGCGCUACAUGCAGCUGCAAUCUAUCAUGUUGAUUAAGAAUGCGUGCAAAUGAUACUAAAAAAGGAACCAAGUCUGACAAAGCAAGUAGAUGAUAUGGGGUGGAGUCCUCUCCAUUUGGCGGCAUUCUUCGGGUCUACCUCAAUAGUGAGCGCAUUAUUAAAGGAAGAUAAACAGAUGGCCUAUGAAACCAUAGAAGAAGACCAUAAAACACCUCUGCAUUUAGCAGCCCUUAAUGCUAAAAUAAACGUCGUGGAAGAGAUCAUUGAGUAGUGUCCAGAUUCUGCUGAUGCAGUCACUGUUCGAGGCCAUAAUGCUUUUGACCUUGCAAGGCUACAUCAUUGUUUCAGAGUAACUUUAUAUGAUAGUAGUAACUUCUUCGACUAUGUCUGUAACAUCUUAGCAGAGUUGGUUGAACAGUCAAGGGACUCAAGCCUCACCAUACACCACCCUUACUUGGAGGAAAGGAAACUGUCUUGGCGGCUAACAUUAAUUAUUUGGUACCAUAUUGUAGUUCUCUUUCCUUUCUUUCAGUAUAAGUACAAAAAGUGAUUAUUAUGUUUCAUUUAGGGGAAAACCAACAAAAUGGAAGUCAUGGAAGACAAAGAAUCCUGGAAAGAACGAACAAACACACAUCUGAUAGUUGCGAUACUCAUAACAACAGUUUCUUUUGCGGCUGGCUUCACCCUUCCUGGCAGAUACGAUGGUGAC